CAUAUCUUUAAUUAAACUUUCCCCUCAUAAUUAACAAAAGGCCCUUCACUCCACUUUCCUUGCAACAAUGGCUGCUCGACCACCAAAUUAUUUCUUCAAUCACACUCAAACCAGACCACCUCUAACACCAAUUCGCACCUCAUUUCUCCAAAAUCUGCUAAAACCUCACCUCCCUAAUUCAACACAACUCAUGGGUUUUUUAACCCUUGUUAUCUCUGGCGGAAUUUUGCUCCUCCUCACUGGCGUCACUAUAACGACCGUAAUCCUUGGGUUAAUUUUCCUCACUCCGUUGAUUCUCAUUACUAGUCCGAUUUGGAUCCCAAUUUUCGUCGCCGCUUUUGGAUUUUUAUCCCUCUGCGGAUUCGGCGCGGUAGUAACUUGGGUGUACAAGUACUUCAUCAGCAGGAGAUCGAGAUCAAUGGAAGAAAAUUAUGAUCAUAGUACUGAUACCGCUGAUGUGAAGGAUUACGGUAGAGAAUUUGGUGGGUACCUUCAGUAUAAAGAAAAGGAUACAGCUCCCGGUGCGUAAUUUGGGGGAAAACGGGUGGGGAUUGCGAGAUGAGAAAUCGAAAGAUUCAGAUAGUUAAUCAACUGAAAUAUUGAGAUUUUCUGUUCACACCUGAGUAAAUUGUGGCAUUAAUUAACGUCUUCUUUGUUUUUUAAUUUGUUUGUUUGUUGGGCUUUUGAUGUUUUAAUUGGAAUGUAAAAUUAUCCUCCUUUUGAUCAAAUUAUUCUAACGUUUUCAUUUUCCUUAGUGUA